UUCAAGCGUACAAUGCGCGUCCAACUUUCAGUUAAGUGCGCUACUGUUAUUGAGAUGAUAAUUUAGCGAAUGCUACCAGCAAUUUGUUUUGAAGACAUGUGAUUUAUGAAAAAUGAACAAAAAAGCACACGGAGCUACAACUGAAUGCUCCUCUUUGGAAUUGGUUGAAGCUGCUAAAGCCAAACAAAUUUCUAUAAGAGAACGUCUAGCUGCAAGACGUGAAUUUUUAGCAUCAAUUACCAAUCAAACAACAAAAGAUAUAAAUCCAGCUUCUUUUCUUUUAACAAAUAACAAUUGGGUUGGUUUAUUUAACAAGACAUUCGGUGUUAACUCAACUGCAGCUUCACUUAUUGAAUAUGCAUUUAAAAAGAUACGUUUAGAAAGUCAUUCGACAAAUGUUCAUGAAACAAAUCCAAUUAAUAAUAUCCAAUGGAAUGUGCCUUCCGUAUCUGAAGCAUCGAAUUUACCAACUGAUGAUAGCAAUUCUAACGAAAAUUGUCCACUGGAUAAAUCCAGUUUAAAAGUCUCUACCGCCAGCUUACAACAACCAAAUACAACUACCAAUUUACCUGAUUCAUUGAAAUCUACUGCAACCCAGGAUUCAGUGACUAAACAAUUAAGUGAACAGUCUAAAGACCAUAGUCAACGGAAAUCAGAUUUAGGCUCAGAGAAGAAGGUCACCAUUCCCAAACAUCUGCGAAAUGAUUCAACACAAGACACAAGAAAUAAACUAACAGAAAACAAACUUAAAGAAGAUGGGCAAAGGAUAGAACUUGAACUAGAAAAUCUAUUAGGAGCUGAAACUACUCGUGAAAAAGAAAGCAAACGCAUCCGAGAAGAGGUUAUGGAAUUGUUGAAUAGACAGACUACUAAAGAAAGAUUCCUUACAGAGCGUUUCCGAACUCAGGGAGGUAGUCAAGUACAACAGUUUUGUUCACACGGUACGCGUAUUGAAUGUUCUAAGGUUAAAGCACGUACUGGUGAUAAAGAAAAGUGUACAAAACUACAUUUCCGUAAAAUUAUCCAUCCACAUACUGAUGAAUCUCUAGGAGACUGUUCAUUUCUCAAUACAUGCUUUCAUGUAGACACUUGCAAGUACGUCCAUUACACAAUCGAUUAUACAGGCAGUAUUCACGCAUCACGUUCAGCAAAUAAUAAUUCACUAAAUACUGGUCGAAAUAACAACCGUGUGAUGAAUGGGAACUAUGAGACGGGAAAAUCACAAACUAGUAAUGCAGGUUCAGUAGAUCCAACUGGUGCUACAAAGGAGAAUGGUGCCCCGUUAAUCUUAUAUCCACCACAGUGGAUUAAUUGUGACAUUCGACUAAUAAAUAUGUCAAUUCUCGGGAAAUUCUCUGUUAUUAUGGCUGAUCCACCAUGGGAUAUACACAUGGAGUUACCGUAUGGAACAAUGUCAGAUGAUGAAAUGAGGCGUUUAGAUAUACCAUGUCUACAAGAUGAUGGUUACAUAUUCUUGUGGGUCACAGGCAGAGCUAUGGAACUUGGCCGAGAAUGUCUACGUUUAUGGGGUUAUGAACGUAUUGAUGAGAUUAUUUGGGUUAAGACUAAUCAGUUGCAACGUUUAAUCAGAACAGGUCGUACAGGGCAUUGGUUGAAUCAUGGCAAGGAACACUGUCUAGUUGGUGUUAAAGGUAAUCCAAAAGGUGUGAAUAAAGGUCUGGAUUGUGAUAUUAUCGUCUCUGAAGUUCGUGAAACAAGCCACAAACCUGAUGAAAUCUACGGUAUUAUUGAAAGAUUAUCUCCUGGUACCCGUAAAUUGGAACUAUUCGGACGUCCUCAUAACUUGCAGCCUAACUGGAUCACACUCGGCAAUCAACUGGAUGGAACGUAUUUAGUAGAUCCAGCAGUCGUUGAACGAUUCAAAAAACAAUAUCCAAACGGUUUAGAUGAAAAAGCAAAAUGAAGCAAUAAUAUAUAUAUAUAUAUAUUCUAGAAAAAAAUACUGUCAGAAUAAUACGUAUUCUGAAGAAAAAUGUAUAUGUAUAUAUAUGUACAUUUUAUGCAUAAGACUAAUGUAUAUAAUAAUAUUAAUAUUUCUAUGAGUGAGAGAGAGAGAUUUUUUGUAAGCACAUAUGUUGUUACCUCCUCUUUAUGUCUUCCAUUUGACUAUUCCUUGCACUUUACCUUAACUCAUAAAGAAUCUAAUUCUUUACUUGUGAUAGGUCUGUUUAAACCUUGCUGUAUCCAUGGCAUAUUUAAUAAAUCUUUUGUAGAUGGACGUUGUUUUGGAUUAUAGUGUGUGCAAGCAUUAUAAAUUUCUUCCAAUUGGGCACUUGGUGGAUGACGAGUAUUAUUCUUAUAUGAAUAAUAAAACAAAAUAAACAUAAACAGCAGAUAAUAAUACUGCGACAAUAAUACAAACAUAAUGAAAUAAUAAAAUUAUUGCGGCGAAAAAAAUGAAGACUGCUUCUUGACAACAUCAUUGUGGUUAUUUGUCUUAUGACUAUGAUUUCAGGCUAUCAUUUCCAUCUUACCACCUUCUCUAGUUUACCUUAUACUUUCAAAAUCUAAAAUAGCAACUUGAACUGGUAAUGUCCAACAGGAUCUGGUCUUAAAUUUAUGCCUACCUUGGCAUGUAGAUUGCGUCUAAGCGUUCAUAUCAGUUCGUGCUGUUGAUAGUUUGUGAAAAAGUGAAUGGUGUGCAUUUGCACACAUUAAGAUUUAACUAAGUUGAGUGACUAGGAUAAUGAAGGCGCUGGUUAGCAUGUUAGAACCUGAGAUAGUUCAAUCACACUAAAGUAAGCCUUCCAUUGUUCUUCUCUAAUAGCUUUAGGUACCAAUCCGCUUGCCAACCGACAUUGUGGUUGAAUCUGCAUGUCUCAAUGAUUUAACGAACAACACUGGCUGAGGCGAAUACCCGUGCUGUUCCACUGUGGGGAAAGUGGCUGAAAAACGUUUUACUCUGUGGUGGUCCGCAACCACUGGUAACAUUUCGGUAUAGAUACAACUCCAAAAGCUGCUUCAAAACAGAUUCUGUGUGACCAGCAUCAAACACUUGUCAUCUACGGUUCUGUGGUCACUAGAUACGAAUUCCCCUUUUCCUUCAGCUUUUUCAAGAGGAAAUCAACUUUUGCGAUGCAAGAAGUAAUAAACACACACACUAUAGAUAUUACAUUUGGGUGACGGAGCGAAAUGCUUGAGUGUGCUGACUCCACGUAUUUGGGAAGAUAAAUUAACUAACUGCUGAUGAAAUCUCAGCUACGGUUUAUGAGACUCGUACAUAUUUGCCAACUUACGUUAUGAUUGAUGCAGACGUUCCCGGCUAUCCAACAAAGUACGUUUGUAUUGCUCGCCAUUUAGCUCCGUCGUUUUUUUACAGCUGAGACAUGGUUGCCGAAAGUGAAGAUAUGAAGAGGCUAUCUGUGUUUGACCGUAAGUACCCGUAAUUACUGGUAUAACAUUGGAAUUGAGCGAUUAGUUAGGUGUAUCAAUAAGGUUGUGAAGCCGCAUCGACUUUUAUGAUUAUAACGUGUGUUAGGCAUGUUGAACCACUGGCUUCCCCAACGAAUAGUUUUAACUUACAUAGGGUUAAAUUGGAGAAGCGUUAGGGGCGAUCAGGCGGAAACGUGGCAUCAAUCCAUAGAGAACUAGGCUGCUGGUAUGAGUCAUGUAGGAUGCUGUAAACUGACUAGCUGGGGUCCUCAGGAUACUAAGAAUCAACUGCUGGUGAAGGUCCGAAGGUAUUCACGGUGUAAUCUCCAGAAACUAUUAGAAUCGCCAUGUAACUUUUAAUUCCCGCCUUAGUGCAUUUUGCUUGCAACCGUUUUUCCCAUUUUGUUGUGUGUUUUUAUGAAGUGUGGAAACUUGAACUGCUGCAUUGUUGUGCCGCAAAGUUCUACGUCGAAAAUCCAAUUCAGAGAUUAACUUGAUUAAUAGCGUCUGAGACUCGAAACUCCACAAUCCUAUGUAAAUGAAGGGUUUUCAGGAAGAAGCCAUAAAACCUCACAGUUUUCAGGUCAAGAGUCGUGUCAGUUGACCAAGUCCCCGAUGGGGACAAUCACAUCUAUAGUGCUUGACUCUAUCAGUCGAGAGAUAUCACAGCUGUCUGGUUGUGAAUAGUGUGGUGAAAAAGUACCAAUCACAUAUCAUAAGACUGUGUAAAAUUGGAAUAAAAGUCAUAGCUAGCCAAGAAAGAUAUCUGUACUUUUUGCGGUCUCUAAAACUUUUAUAUUUACGAUGACUUGAUGAUUACCUUUCACAUGCUGCAAACUUCAAAUUAAUUUUUCAUCACUAUAAUGAGGCAUUUUUCAAUUGACUUCCUGGAAUGCAAUAAUAGCUAGUUGGCCCCUAAGACUUUAUAUAUAUAUAUAUAUAUAUAUAUUAUUCAUAUA